AUGAGACGGGUGCCCUCCUACAAAAAUUUCGAUCGAGGACAGCAGGAGAUAUAUGACAAUGUCUCCGCAUGUAUAGGUGAAGGACGGGAGUACAAUCGAAGAAGGGAAGCUUGGGAUGGGUCCCAUGGACCCUCCAUGCAGGAGUAUUGGGCAGCUCAAGAAGCCCAUAGGGAGAGAAUGAACAAGUUUGUGGAAGAGCAAGAACUGUUCCAAGCAAUGCAAAGAUCACACAUGGAACAGUUGGCAAAGAUGCAAGAGGAUGAGGCUGCCCGAAGACGGGCAUGGGAAGAAGCAGAGGCAACGCGUCGGAAUGAAGAAAGAGAAUUGAACCGACGCCGUUGGAGUGCCUUGUACGUCUCUCAACAAAUGGCGGUUAAUAACGCCAAAGUGCUCCACGAUCAGGAGCGGCACCAAAGAGACUACCAAGUCGGCCUCCCAUAUGCCGAGCACUCGGGGUGGACAAAUUACCCCGACCUUCCCUACCCACAAGCCGUUGAUUCGAAGAGGCAGGCUCAGCUGGAGAGGAACAAGAAAUAUCCAGUUAUGGCACCGAUCAGUACGGGUGCCACCAAUGCUAGAGUUGUUCAAAUGGAGAGAGAGAACGAAGCAUUGGAUGGGCAAUUAGCGAAGUUUAAAGGCAUUGGUGGAAGAGAUGCAUUGCAUGCGGCUCAAACCUUUCCAAAUUGUGACACUUCUGGCGAGUUAGGCCAUACUUUGGAAGAUUGUCCGGGACAAGCCGGUAUGGCCGAAGAGGACGUAAACAUGGUACCAAAUCAAGGAGGCCAGCAAUACCAAAACCGACAAUCUAAUUAUAACCAGAAUUAUAAUCAAGGUUGUUACAACCGGGGGAAUCAAAGGAGUUAUCAGCCGAAUCAAGAUAAAGGCAAGAUGAGAAACCAAAGCGAAGGAUCCAGUAAUGAGAUGAUGGAGAUACUGAAGCAAAUUAGAAAAGACCAAGAAUUGCAGUCAAAGUCUCAACAAGCAUUGGAGAAGCAAGUUGCUCAGUUCGUGGCUGAUGUGGCUCAUGUGAGGAAGGAUUCGGGUCGAGUGCCCAGUGAUACUACGAAAAAUCCACAACAUCAAGGAAGUAUUGUGGAGGAGGUAGAGGAGGAAAACACAUCUGAAACUGAACCAGAACCUGUCAGCCGUAAAAAGAAUAAAAAAAGUGAAUUUUCAAGAAAAAAUAAUAAUAGGGUAAUAGAAAUCGAAUCGGUUGAAACAAAGGAAAAGGGUACAAAGGGUACUACCGUCCCAUUUCCUAAAGCGUUAAUCUAUCCGGACACAAACGUUGUCAACAAACGAGGCCCACAACACGAUGGGAUGUGA